CUUCUAUUUGCCCCCUUUUCUUUUCCUUUGCCUCUCUUCCUCAGUCAGCUAAGCUUUCCUUUUAUCUCUCUCUCUCUCUCUCUUCCAUUUCAUUUUUUUUUUCUUCUUCUUUCUUUCCUUUUCUACUAUUUCGUGUUUUUUCUUCUCCACCUCUCCGAACCCUAACAAAAACAAAAAAAAUCAGAGAAGAGGAAAGCAACAUCAUCACCCACGAAGAAGGAAUUUUCCCAGGAAACAAACGCCACCAACUCCUUCCCCGUGAUUUUGCUCCUUCCACUGGUUCACUCCCGAUUCCUGGGUUUUUGCUGGGACAAAAAUGCAGCACCAGCAGCAGAGGCUGAAGCAGCAGCAGGCGUUGAUGCAGCAGGCUUUGAUGCAGCAGCAGUCUCUCUACCAUCCGGGCCUCCUCGCUCCCCCACAGAUUGAGCCAAUUCCCAGCGGAAAUCUGCCUCCUGGUUUUGAUCCAAGCACUUGCCGCAGUGUGUACGUGGGAAACAUCCAUACUCAGGUCACUGAACCACUUCUCCAGGAGGUUUUUGCUAGUACUGGUCCUGUUGAGGGUUGCAAGCUUAUAAGAAAGGAAAAGUCCUCCUAUGGUUUUAUUCACUACUUUGAUCGCCGAUCAGCUGCUAUUGCGAUAGUAUCUCUUAAUGGGAGACACUUAUUUGGCCAACCUAUCAAAGUUAACUGGGCCUAUGCUAGUGGUCAGAGGGAAGAUACCUCAAGCCACUUUAACAUAUUUGUUGGAGAUUUGAGUCCUGAGGUCACUGAUGCAACGCUGUUUGCAUGCUUUUCUGUUUUCCCCACUUGCUCUGAUGCAAGAGUUAUGUGGGAUCAGAAGACUGGACGCUCUAGAGGUUUUGGCUUUGUUUCUUUCCGUAACCAACAGGAUGCCCAAAGUGCAAUAAAUGAUCUAACUGGAAAGUGGCUUGGUAGUAGGCAGAUACGGUGCAACUGGGCGACAAAAGGUGCUGGAUCCAAUGACGACAAGCUAAGCUCAGAUGGCAAGAGUGUUGUUGAAUUAACUAAUGGCUCAUCAGGUUACACAGAGGAUGGCAAAGAGCCAACUAACAGCGAUGCUCCCGAGAAUAACCCCCAGUACACAACUGUGUAUGUUGGCAACCUUGCUCCAGAGGCUACCCAGCUCGAUCUCCAUCGCCACUUCCAUUCUCUUGGUGCUGGGGUCAUUGAGGAGGUUCGUGUUCAGCGUGACAAGGGAUUCGGUUUUGUGAGGUACAGCACUCAUGCUGAGGCUGCUCUUGCCAUUCAGAUGGGUAACACACAAUCAUUUCUCUGCGGGAAGCCAAUAAAGUGCUCUUGGGGGAGCAAGCCGACUCCACCUGGGACCAGUUCAAAUCCGCUCCCACCUCCUGCUGCAGCCCCAAUGCCUGGUCUCACAGCAAACGAUCUAUUGGCGUAUGAGCGCCAGUUGGCCAUGAGCAAGAUGGGCGGGGUCCACGCUUUGAUGCACCCACAUCAGCAUCAUCCCCUCAAACAAGCAGCGAUGGGGAUGAGCGCUGGAGCAAGCCAAGCCAUUUACGAUGGUGGGUUCCAGAGUGUUGCUGCCGCCCAGCAAAUGAUGUAUUACCAGUAAUAAUUUGCCUUUUCUACUCUUUCUGGAGCGCCUGGGGCGUCAUGGGAAUAUAUUAGGAGAGCCUUUUAUUCUAUCUUUUGAUCUGGUGUGGUGAAAAUGAGUGUUCACCCGCAAGAUAUAUAUAUGAUGAUCACUCGAGUGUGUGCAAUCUGUAUUGGGGAGAUGUUAUACCAUAUGUAAUCCUCUUUGUUUUCUUUUUCCCCCGUUUUCUGACUAUCCCUUUUUUUAGGGGAUUACCAUUCACUGUUGUAGGGAUGAGGGAGUUCAUGAUAUCAGAGCAAUGGGAGUUGAGAGUUACAGUGUCUUUUUAGAUGUUUAUUUGUUUGACUGUACGAUAAUGUUCUUCUCAUGGUUGCUUUACGGCAAUUUGUCUUUGUUUCCAGGUGGCAGAUGUUAUGAUAAAAACCUGUUGUGUUGCGAUACUUCAUGCAUCUCUGUUCUGUUCCUUCAAAUAAAUUACGGUCUUCAAAA